CCUUCCAUCGGGCACCACUACUGGUAUGUUCAUCAAUCUGUUUUCUGGCUGACUCCAUCACGAUCUUUACGUCUACAAUCAAAGAAAUUGCACAGACGGAACAUAUACGUAAUGUAUGACCUGCACGACUCGGAGAAAUCACACUCUCCCCCUCCCAAACGACCUAUCACCGAAGUGCAGGCAGGGGGGUCAGAGUCCUCCAAACGCGUGAGGAUUGAACACCAGGAGCCCGAGAAGACCCUACGUUCAACCGAACAUGAGAACCCUUCCGACACUCCCGCCGCCGAUACAAAGCGGGGAAAGCGGGAUGCAGCGGGCUGGGCGAAGUCCAGGCGGGGAAAGGACAAAGAUACGAAGAACAAGGGACGUAGGCGGGGGACGCGUGAUCAGGAUAAGGAUGGCGAGAACGAGGGUCAGGAGCAGGGCCCUAGAGCCCCGCGCCUGCCUAAGAAACAGAGCGCGUUGCUUAUUGGUUUCUGCGGGACGGGGUGCAAUGGAAUGCAAAUACAACCCAACGUGCGGACAAUCGAAGGUGUCUUGUUCGACGCACUCGUGCGUGCUGGAGCAGUCUCAUCAGAUAACGCGGACGACCCCGUGAAGGUAAACCUAGGGCGCGCUGCGCGUACUGACGCGGGAGUCCACGCAGCUGGCAACUUGGUUUCUAUGAAACUAAUUACCGCGAUUCCUGGGGUGGAAGACUUCGUAGCCCGUGUAAACGAAGAACUCCCACCAGAGAUUCGUGUUUGGGGCUCGGUCCGCGUGCAAAACUCAUUCAAUGCUCGCAUGUCUUGCGACAGUCGCAAGUACACCUACUUCUUCCCCUCGUACCUCCUUAUACCUCCAAAGCCGGGAUCCGGAUUUCAGCGUGCAUAUGAACAACAUACACAGUCCAUGCAGGGUGUUGUCCCUCUAGAUGCUUCCGCUCACCCCUUCUGGAGUGCACCUGAGUCUCGUUCUUCCAGCUCUAUGGAUGAUCUCGUACGCAAGCGCUCGUGGAGGAUAAGUGCAGAUCAAGUAGAGCUCAUCCGUCAAACUGCAAAGAAGUUCGAAGGGACACAUAACUUCCAUAACUUUACUGUUGGACGCGAGUUCGGAGAUCGCAGUAAUCAGCGGCAUAUGUGGAAAAUUGAGAUAUCUGAUCCUGCGGUCUAUGGAGACACUGAGUGGAUAAGCGUCCUCUUCCAUGGGCAGAGCUUUAUGUUGCAUCAACGCAAAAUGAUGUCCGCUCUUAUCUUGUCUUGUAGGACAGGUACACCAAGUCAAGUCAUUGACGAGUUAUACGGGCCGCGCAUGGUCAUGGUCCCAAAGAUGCCUGCUCUUGGUCUCCUGCUGGAGUACCCAAUAUUUGACUCAUAUAACAAGAAAGUUACUUCGAUCAAUGGGGAUCUCGAACCUUCUCAUCCAGAUCACCGACCCGAAAUUGAUUUCGAAAAACAUCGAGAGUCUAUCGAUGCAUUCAAACAGACCUUUAUUUACGAUAAUAUGCGGGGCAUUGAGGACCGUGACGGGGUCUUUGAUGCCUGGGUGCGCUCUAUCGACACGUAUGGAGGUGAUGAUCUACUGUAUCUGAACCCCAAAGGUAUUAUUCCUGCGGCUGCCGUUAUAAAGAAGGGAGGUAAAAGAGAUAACCCGUUCAAGGAGAAGAGAAGGUUUGACCUGACGAGUUUCCCUGAUAAACAAGGAACCCCGAAUGUAGAAGACGAUGAGGAGACAGAGAGCAAACUGAACAAAUCCCGCUUGGAGGAUAUGGAAGGCUAACUAGUAGUUGUGUUUCUUAUCUUAUAUCACUUGCAAGGUGCACAAUCGGUGCACAAUGAUAUUUCAAGGACACAAAGCAAUAUAAUGAGCCCAUCUCUUCU